GUCAAACAAAAACACAAAGAAGAAAACUUGUGCGACAUGGCAGUCCACGCAGCUUACUUAGAUUGUAUGCUCACGUAAAUUUAGCGGUCAGCAGUGUAAAAUGUCUACCAGGGCUUUGCGGAGGCUGAAAGGCAAACAGCGAGCACAGGAGGCGGUUGUCGUCGAGGAGCUAACUUUGCCAGAUAGCCCCGAUGAGCUAGCUGAAAGUGAGGAAGAGCAGCUGCUCCCGACCAGUGUCAGUCCAGCGUCACGUCGGAAUGGCAGUAAUCGAAAGUCAAAAACAAACAAGGAUCGUAAAGACAUCUGUGCUGUUUUGGGAAUGAUAAGUGAUACUGAAAAAGCCUCCGCCGAUGAAGAUCCAGAGAAACUAGAUGGAAACAAAACAAGUGACACGGGAAACAAUGACAGCAAAGAAAACUGCAGUCGAGGGUCAAAUGAGCCCUUGUCCAGUGUUAAGAAAAAGAAGAAGAAAAAGAAGACAAAAGUUAAAUCUGAAAUUGUACAGCAAGAACAAUCACCAGAUGACAACAUUGAUUUAUUGCUGGAAAACCUGGGCCAGUCCAAUGGUUUGACUCUACAAAAUGACUGUGGUGGCUGUGACAGAAGACCUGUUCUACAUGUGGAGCACAGGAAUCUGAACCCAGAGACGGAGCUAAAGAAAUAUUUUGGGAGUCGAGCAGUUUUGGGGGAUCAGAGACCGCGACAACGCAAUCGACAGUUUCAUCGAAAUACGUGGAUGACCGGUCCCAAGGAAAGUUGGCCUCGAUUCAGUCGCCCAGGAAUCUCAAUGACCUUACUUGAGUCAAAAGAUGGUGUUCAAUACUUCACCUUUGAGCAUAGUCGUGACUACCAACAAGUACAGUUCAAGUUCUUGGAUGCUGUUGAGUCUAUGGAUCCAAACAACCUUGUGGCUCUGCUGCAGCUGAAUCCCUACCACAUUGAUUCCUUGCUACAACUUUCUGACGUCUGUCGUAUACAAGAGGAUCAGGAGAUGGCCAGGGACCUCAUUGAGAGGGCCUUGUACAGCUUUGAGUGUGCGUUUCAUCCUGUAUUUAGUCUGACCUCUGGCGCCUGCAGACUGGAUUACCUCAGACCUGAAAACAGGGCAUUUUAUCUUGCUCUUUUCAAGCACAUGAUGUUCCUUGAGAAGAGAGGAUGCCCCCGGACAGCUUUGGAGUACUGCAAAUUGAUCCUGAGUUUGGACCCGGACUCUGACCCACUUUGCAUGCUGCUACUUAUUGAUUUCCUGAUGCUACGUUCCAGGCAGUAUGACUCUCUUAUUCAACUUUAUGAGGCCUGGGAGGAGCACAGAAAUCUGUCCCAGCUGCCAAACUUUGCAUUUUCCACCGCGCUCUGCCAUUUCCAUCUCAGUCAGCAGGAAGAAAUGAAGCCUGAAGAAAGUGAUCGAGUAAAACGCAAAGCUGACCAAAUGCUACAGGAUGCACUCAUCAUGUUUCCUGCAGUCUUAAUGCCUUUACUGGAUCUAUGCACUGUGCAGCCAGAUGCCACAGUAACCUCACAUGCGUACUUCGGCCCAAGCAGUCAGAUUGGACAACUGCCAGCCUUGGCUGAACUGACUGCUCUGUAUGUGGGGAGGAUGUACAACCUGUGGAGGGAAGCAGCAGUCAUGCUUUGGUUGGAAGAGAGUGUGCAGGAAGCACUACGUCGAAUUGAUGCAAAUGACCCACUGGUGGAGGACUGCAAGAACAAAAGAAAGCAGAGAUACCAGAGUGCUCCACGGAACAUCCAUCGCCACGUUCUGCUGUCUGAGAUCAAAGAAGCCACGUCCAGUCUGCCUCUGGAGGUGACGACUCAACCCAUGAUGGGAUUUGACCCCCUCCCGCCAGUGGAUUCUGUGAUCUCGUACACCAGACCAGAGAGACAACAUGUUGGAGCAUCCAAUGAGAGCACGCUGUCGCUGUUUUUCCGUUCCCUUCUGCCAAACUUCAACCUCCAGGGUGGGCCAAGGCAGGAGGAAGAGGGUGACAUGGAGGUGGCUCGGGCUGGACAAGAGCUAAACCAAGAAGUGAAUCGCCUCAUGGUGGCAAUGAGGGACAUGCUGGCAAACAUCAGGUUUCAAGAGCCGCCACGAGAGGACCAGCCUUUUAGAGACGAGGAAGAGUGGGACUGAGUGAGGAUGUCUUGGAAACUCAGAAGAACAGCUCAUCAAGAAAACGUCUGGGACGAAAAUAAAAUGCUGCCAAAUGAGCUCCUUCAAAAAGA